CUUCUCUGAUAUGAACAGCGUCUUAGAAGACGAGCGUAAUGCGCAUUCAGAAAUAGAUCAGUAUGAGGAUUAUCUAGUGGAACUCUUCUUAGAUGUUGCCAAAGGGCAAAAGAAGCAAAUGGCACAGAAGCAUCAGAUGUCUAAAGUUACGGAUAGAAUGCUAGAGAGAAGGGAAUUUCUAAAGAAUUCCUACAAUUCAGCUGAAAGAGAGCAGGAAUUGACAAUAAUUGGUACAUCACAAGUCGCAGAUGAUUUGAACCUCUUCUAUGAGAGACUUUCCUCUAUUAAAGACUACCAUCGUAAGAAUCCAAACGCACCGGUUGAUGGAUUUCGCUAUGAAUUGGACGGAUUCAGAGACGAGUUGGACAGAGAAGUUAUUAGCUCACUCUUCUCUGGUGAAGAAACUUACGGUAAAUACCUUGAUUUGCACAUAUCGCAUGAACAAUACGUCAAUUUGAAAGGUAUACCUAAAAGGCUAAACUAUUUACAAUACCUCGACGAGUUUGAGCAAGUUGAGGACCUUCCAAAGCAAGUUAAAGCUCAAUCUAGCUAUGGUGAAUACCUUAACACACUCGUUACCUACCUUGAAUCAUUCUUGCAACGUUCAAGACCAUUCGAUGAUUACAGUGCAAUACAAUUAGAAACUCUCUCUAAAUUUGACGAAAGUUGGCAAGCUGGUACUGUUCCAGGUUGGCCAAAAGAGGAAGCAAAUGAUGAAAGUAAAGGUAUUUGGGAUCCUGUUAUGCAACGUUAUUAUGCAAAUCAAAAUGUAUACAACAACGUCAAAAAAUCAAAGAAAUAUCAAAAUGCUUUGAAGAGAUUAGAAAGUAGUGGUGAAAAAGUUGCAGAGAAUGGUGACGCACCAGCAAGCGAUAAAGCAGCAGAAUUGAGAAGAUCAAAAGAUAAAACUUUAGCUUCACAAGAAGCCUUGUUGAGAUUGUACGCUACGAUUUUAGCGGGUGUAAGAAAAGAGACUAAAGCAGAGAUUGAACGUAAAUCUGCUCUCACUGCUAGAGAAAGAGAGCAAGAGUUAGAAGAAGCACAAUAUGAAGAAUUUACAUCCAAUCCAAUUGAAGAAGUCGUCCAAGAGGAGAAAGAUGAUGAAGGUAAAAUCUAUAACCCACUUAAGUUACCACUCGGUUGGGAUGGCAAACCAAUUCCAUUUUGGCUUUUCAAGUUACACGGUUUGGGUGUAGAAUACGAAUGCGAGAUCUGUUCAGGGAAGGUAUACAAUGGUAGGAAAAACUUCGAGAAACAUUUCCAAGAAGGUACCCACGCGUAUGGUAUGAGAGCAUUAGGAUUGCCAAAUACAAAACAUUUCCACGAAAUUACAAAAAUAGCAGAUGCUUUAGCCCUCGCUGAGAAGUUGAAGAUACAAGGAAGACAGGAAACUCAAGCAAAUGCAACAGUGGAGGAAAUUGAGGAUGACCAGGGCAAUGUUUACGAUAUGAAGACAUACAACCAAUUAAAGAAGCAAGGUUUGUUGUAGAAAUGCG